AUGGAGAUUGUCUACAAACUAAACAAGUUCAUUUAUGGACUUAAACAUGCAUCAAGGCAGUGGAACACAAAACUAACCACUUACAUUCUAUCACAGGACGACGUCAUUAUAGGAGGAAAUGAUUUACCUUACAUUGAACAGUUCAAUAAGAGAUUGAAUGAUCAGUUCAGACUAAAGGAUUUGGGAGUUCUAAAAAAAUAUGCAUUGGAAAUUUUGGCCAAUGCUGGUUAUCUAGGAGCUAAACCGACAAAGAAUCCUUUAACAUAUAAUGUGAGGUUGAGCAAAAAUGUUAGGAAAACUGUUGCAGACGAAACAUCUGGACGAGGCCUAUUCUAUUAUGGAAAAUCUGAUCUACAUCUUAAGGGAUUUUGUGAUGCAGACUGGGCAGCUUGUUUGGAUACAAGCCGGUCGGUUACAGGUUACUGCAUAUUUCUUGGGAACUCACUAGUGUCUUGGAAGUCUAAGAAGCAGCACACGAUCUCAAGAUCAUCAGCUGAAGCAGAAUACUGGUCUAUGGCAGUUGCAGUUUGUGAGUUGAGUUGGUUGAAGAAUAUACUAAGUGACUUAAGUGUAGUGCUUACCAAAGCUACCUUACUUUUCUGUGACAACUAG